AUGACAACAGAGGUGAAUUAUAUUGGUGGCAGAGUUCAUUAUGUUGACUUCAUAAAUGAAUACAAUCUUACCGUGGAGUCCCUGAGGAUUGGCCCAGGAGACGAGGAUCCUUUAAUUAGCCAAUGUUCAAAAGGAGUCGUGGAACAGGGUGAUUGUGUUGAUGAUAGUGGAGAUGAUGUUUAUGGUAGUGGGGAUCAUGGUUCUGGUGAUGAUGACAGUGAAGAUUCAGGUGAUUCUGAUACUGCUUCUUCAUCUGAGUCUGAUUCUGGUGAUUCUGAAUGUGGUUAUGUAUCUGAUGAUGGUGGGGGAAUUGAAAAAAUCGUGGGUGACGAUUAUGUCGAUCAAGAUCUUGUCGAAGACAACGAUUAUGACGUAGAUGACAUGGAUCUGGAGUAUCAGAAAAAAGCUAAUAACGCGAUCCGUGUUCAACCGUGGUGUUGUUUUGACAAGGACCAAAAAUUGGAUAAGGUGAAAGAUUAUGAUCCUGUGGCUAAUUGUGGCUCAUUUGAAUCGUUAAAGUCUAGAAAUAUAUCAGAGGGAUCAAUUUCACAGGAUGCAAAUAGAGGUGGAAAGAAUUUAAAGAAUGAGAGAAAGUAUGUACCUGAGGAUGAUAUGAGAUAUCCAGGGUUUGAGGUGUGGCAUGACUUUGAGGAUAAGUGGCAACUUAUGAGAUAUAAACAACUCCAUUCAGUUGUUGAUAGUCCCCUGAGUCAGAAUUCUCACUCUCGUGAGCGAGGUUCCAGUUGUCUAUUUGUCUUCAGUUCUGCAGAGUCCAUUCGCGGUCUUCUUCCAGUUGUUGCUGCACUUCUGAAAAAUGUUUCCCACAGAUACUGUGUGGAGCAGUUGUGGAAUAAUUUCAAGGUAAAGUACUCCGGAUUGAAAUUGAAAGCCAGCUUCACAUGGAUUGCAAAAGCAACAACUCAUGAGGAAUGGAAGACGCUAAUGGAUGAUUUGAAGAAGAAGCAGGAAUGUGCAUGGAGACUGAUGGCAAGGAGAGUGAGAGGCCCUGAGUUGGCCAAAAGCGAGCGGCAUCCAAGCAGCGGGACAAACCACGCAAAAGGGUUGCAGUUGAACCUUUGGCUGAUGAUACGGUUUCGUGAUAAAGACGAAAAUGAGCCGAACGACCUAUCCCGGUGUCCAUGUCUAGAAUUAAACAGAAAGGAAAUAUUCAGGGUUUGGAUGUGGCAGUUGUCAAGGGGGUUCUUCAAACUAAGUGUUAGUCAGUCACGUACGGCCAAAUAUCGAAUGGUGAGUCUUAGUCAACUCAUCUUGGACGCAUCUCUCUUCUUGGACGCAUCUCCUUCCCCAAAUCUGGCCAAAAACCAUUUGCAUCAUCUUAUAAUAAGAUCUAGGUCGAUUUCUUCAACAUGUAAUGAGGCAUUUUCAAAAAGGGAGAAAUGUUCUUUUCGUUCAGUUCCCCAAGAAAUAGUUUUGUGCCAGAGGAGCUUACUGGAGUGUAUCUACCGUGUUUGCAAGUAUUACAAGGACAUCCAGAGCAUGGAGGAGGUGGAGAAGAGGUACAAGGACUAG